AUGUCGAAGGACACAUCAGCCGCUGCCGAGCCAUGGACUAUAGAGUCAGCCCUCAAGCGUCUUCCAGAAAAACCAGUGGAAGACUCCGAAUCUGCGGUCCCAUUCUUCCACCAAGUGGGACAACUGAAGACUAUACGACGAUCAGGCUGGAUACAGCAUGGCGUCAGCGGACGCAUCGAGUCCGUAGCUGAGCACUCCCACCGCAUGGCCUGCCUGGCCAUGUUCGCACCCCCAAAUCUUGACAGGGACAAGUGCAUGCGCAUGUGCCUAAUCCACGACCUGGCUGAGUCGUUGGUAGGUGACAUCACCCCUCGCGACGGCGUCUCCAAGCCGGAAAAGCAACGGCGCGAGAUGACCAGCAUCGACUAUAUCGCCAAACGGCUGCUGGGCAACGUCCAAGGCGGGGCCCAUGGGGAUGACCUGCGAGCCAUCUGGCACGAGUUUGAGGAGGGCAAGACGCCCGAAAGCAAGUUUGCAAAUGAUCUAGACAAGAUCGAGUUGUUGUUGCAGAUGGUGGAGUACGAGAAGCGCGAGGAGCGGAAGAAGGACUUGGGCGAGUUUGGGUACGUGGCGACCAAGGUGCAGACGCCGGAGAUGAAGGCGUGGGCGCAGGACAUUCUAGACGAGAGGGCCCAGUUUUGGGGCAAGGAAGCACAUGCUCGUGAUGAUACGUUGGACGCCAAAGCAAAGAUGCAGUCGGAUGAGUAUUAUGGUUGA